AUGAAUCUUGCAAAUUUCUCUUACUUUUCGGGCAUGUGUAACAUGACGGCUGAGUCCCAGCAGUCGCCAGCCGAGGCGGCCAGCCCGCUGGUCUUGUCGCCUAACGUGAGUCUGGACUCCCCGUUACCGCCACCACCACUGAUGCUGCAGGCCCGGACGAAGGACGGGGUUCUGAUCAAGUCUGAGCCCCGGGGACCUAGUCCGAACACGGACCGAGAGGAGGGCGCUGCUCUGGGUCAAACCGAGGAGCUCAUGCCCACGGGGAGUCGACGGAGGAAGAGGCCCGUUCAGAGAGGGAAACCACCCUACAGUUACAUCGCUCUCAUAGCCAUGGCCAUCGCCAACUCCCCCGAGAGAAAACUCACACUUGGUGGUAUUUAUAAAUUCAUCAUGGAACGUUUUCCCUUUUAUCGAGAGAACUCAAAGAAGUGGCAAAACUCCAUCCGCCACAACCUCACCCUCAACGACUGCUUUGUCAAGAUUCCCCGGGAACCUGGAAGGCCUGGUAAGGGAAACUAUUGGACUUUGGACCCAGCCGCUGAAGACAUGUUCGACAACGGGAGUUUUCUGCGGAGGAGGAAAAGAUUCAAGCGCACUGACGUAAGCACUUAUCCUGGUUACUUGCAGAGUUCUAGCGCGUUCACCUCGACCUCCAUGGGCAGACCGGCAUACCCCAACACCCUGUACCCAGGAAUAGGAUCGGGUUACGGAUCACAGCUGGCAGGUUCCCCCCACCCGGGGAUGCUGCAUCAUUAUCAGACCUCUGCCGGGGUCAGUCAAGGACAGCCAAGAAUGUUCAGCAUCGACAACAUCAUCAGCCAGCAGUCAGUGAUGCAGGGAGGAGAGCUCAACCCGCUGGGGUUAGGCGGUGGAGACCUGGACACCAUGUCAGCUAGCUGCUCCCUCACUGGCACUGACCCCUCCAACUGCUUCCAGACGCAGACUGUCAAUCCCUCAGGGAAUUCACUGGGCAGAGGCGGUGGGGGACUGUCAUCAAACCUGGCACCCGGUUACCCAUACUCUUCCUCAGCAUCCCCUCCCCACCUGCCUUCCAUGACGCAAUCCAGUUUCUCUCCAGGUACUUCUCAGGUGUACUGCACCGGGAACCGGAUGUCUCUACCGGCCGUGCGCUCCGGAUCUUGCGCCGAACACACUGAGCAACUAUUGGGUCUCUCCAGCCCAAUGAACUCUUACAACAACUCUUACAUGAGGCAAGCCAACUUUGCGUCAGGACUAGAUCGGUAUAUGUGAGGACCUGAUUUCUAUAGAGACAAACAACAAUAGAGCCUCAAAAUACAUUCCAUUUGAAUAGGUGUGACGCCUCUUCUUUGUUUGAAAUGCCAAAAUACAUUCCAUUAUAGUUGUGCUCAUUUCUCAGUGAUUUUGGUUCGUUUACCUUAUGUGUUUUAUGAAAUUAAUAUUAAUGUGUAUCUGCGUAUACUUUUUUGUCCGAGGACAAUUCCAGUCAUUGUCACCUGUCAAAAAGAAGACUUCUUAAACAAUAUCAUUAGCCACAUAUACUGUUCUAUUUUGUGAAAAGUAAAUAGUUUAUUUGUUUGUGAAUUAUGUUGAAUAGGCCUACAUUGCUAUUUACCGUUUUUGGUUCGUGUAAUAAAUACAUUUUUUGAUAAG